AUGGAUAAAUUGAUCGAUUUAGACUAUGGAACAACAUUCUACUUCAACAUAAGUUCAUUUGGAGGAGUGCUGUGUUUCUUUCAGGUGAAGUUAAAGAAAAUGAAGUUCGAUAGCAACAUAAUGCCUUAUUGCAGCUUAGAUAAACAACAGAAGAAGACAAUAGGAGAAAUGGAACAAGAAUUUCUCCAAGCAUUACAAUCAUUCUAUUACGAAGGAAAAGCCAUCAUGUCAAAUGAGGAAUUCGAUAACCUCAAGGAAGAACUAAUGUGGGAAGGAAGCAGUGUUGUAAUGCUAAGCUCUGAUGAACAGAAGUUUCUAGAGGCUUCAAUGGCUUAUGUAUCUGAAGAUGGAAGUGACAUAGUGGCUGAAGGUCCACGAUGCAGUCUUCGUAGUCGAAAGGUUUACAGUGAUCUUUCAGUUGAUUAUCUCAAAAUGUUCCUCAUAAAUGUCCCAGCUGCUGUUGUUGCAUUAGGAUUAUUCUUCUCCUGGAUGACAUCACUGGUUUUGAAAUCACUACCUUUGGAGCUUCCGGAGCCAUUUAGUUUCAUCUUCACAUGGUUUGCUGCUCUUCCCUUGAUAUUAUGGCUAUCCUUCACACUUACCAAUGUCAUUGUCAGAGACUUUUUGAUCUUGAAGGGUCUUUGUCCAAACUGUGGUACUGAGAACACUUCAUUUUUUGGAACUAUAUUAUCGAUUUCCAGUGGGGGGACCACAAACACAGUCAAAUGCACAAACUGUCAAACCCCACUUGUGUUUGAUCAAGAUACUCGUUUGAUAACAUUGCCUGAAGGAAGUGAAGCUUGAGUUGAGGUAAUUUAUGUUUCAAGGAAGAUGCUAUUGUAAAUGUAACUAGGUUUUUUUAGGAAGUGUUGCAUAAGCGUGGAUUCACGUUGAAUGAUAGUUGAUGUAUGUUCAUGUGUAUAACAUGGUAACAUGGAUUAUAUAUAUGUUCAUAUAUGUAUAUUUGAUAUUGGGUGAUGACUCUGUUUGUAAAAAAGGCAGAGUGUUUAAGUUUAAGUAAUAACAUCCCGUUUUAUAAAACAUCUAUUUAGCUG